AUGUGUACUGACACCAAUGACACUAUUCCAAUCAUUGACAAAGAGGAAAAAAAUUAUGAACAAAAACAAGAAAGCAUUAAAAAUGAUAAAAAAAAAUCCACGUAUAUUAAUAAUGCAAACAGCAAGAACAUUGAAUUACCUGAACAUUUUGUUGAUAAUUCAAAUGGUGAAAAUAUGGAUAAUAAUACAUAUUGUUUAAAAAUUGUUGCUGAUAAAUCAGGUUCUGAAGUAGACAUUGAUUCAAUACAUAAGAGUGAAGUAAAAAAUGUAUUUGUUAAAGAUAUAAAAACUGAUUGUGAUUUGUCAAAAAUAAACACAAAUGCUAGUAUAGAAAUAGACACUUCUAUAGCGCCAAUAGAAAGAAAAUUUGCACUAGUUGAAACUAACCUUGAACAAAUUAAACAAAGGUUAAGCAAUUUAAGAUUUCGAAGAUCUGAAAAACAGAAAAUAAAAACACGGUUUUACGCAACAAUUGAUCCAAAUAAAAAUCAACAAGCUGAGGUUGAAUUAAGUAGAGAAAUUUCUAAAGAUAUGUUUUCUAGAAUGAGUAUAAUUGGCCAAUUUAAUUUGGGUUUCAUCAUUACCAAACUUGAUGCUGAUUUAUUUAUAGUUGAUCAACACGCUACCGAUGAAAAAUAUAACUUUGAAACAUUACAAAAUACAACUAAAAUUACAAGCCAAAAAUUAGUGGUACCCCAACAGUUAGAAUUAACUGCUGUUAAUGAAAUUGUAUUAAUGGAAAAUAUUAAUGUUUUUCAAAUGAAUGGAUUUGAUUUUCAGUUCCAACAAGAUGCGGAACCAACAAAGAAAGUUAAAUUAACUAUGAUUCCUAUGAGUAAUAAUUGGAGCUUUGGUAAAGAGGAUGUAGAUGAACUUUUGUUCAUGUUACAAGAUGCGCCAAAUACUCUUUGUAGACCUUCUAGAGUUCGUUCAAUGUUUGCAUCUCGCGCUUGUCGUAAGUCCGUUAUGAUUGGUAAAGUAUUGAACUUUGGUGAUAUGAGAAAACUCAUUGACCACAUGGGAGAUAUUGAACAACCUUGGAAUUGCCCUCAUGGAAGACCAACAAUGAGACAUUUAGUAAACCUUACAUUGCUAAAUGUUAAUGCAGAAUGA